UAUUGUGCGUCUUUUCUAACCAACAAAAAGGCAGUGGUUGUAGCGCCAUUUAAACAUGUGCGGUGUAGGUCGGGUCCAGCUUGGCAACAUGUGUUAAUUGUGAUUUGUGAAUCGGGCGCACGUUAAUGUGUUAAGCACAAAAGGUCAUGCUUUGCCCGAAAUCUCAAGCCCGAAAAUACAAAUUCUAGGUAGAACCCAAGUAAUCAUGCGGAACACAAUGAAGCGUAAGCAUGGUAGCACCCUGACUACCCAGACGUUGUUGGAUUUUGAUCUGGGAGAAUCGUCCUCCGAUUCUGAUUUCCGCAUCGAAGACCAUGACGAUGAGAGCGACGAUUUUUCGAUGGGUUCCAAAGACGACAACGACGGUGAUAAUGACGAUGAUGACGACGAUGAUGGCGACGACGACGACGACGACGAUGAUGAUGCGAGCGACGAAGACGAAAACGAAAGCGACGAUGAGGGAGUGGAAGUGAAGCACCUGCUGGCACAUUCCUUGAAUGGCACGGUGAAGAAGAAGAAAAAGAGCGAGGCCGAUGGCGCGGACGAUUCGGGCGAUGCGGAGGACAACGACGAGGAGGACGAAGAGAGUACCACGGACGGAAGUGCCACUAAGGAGAAACCGGCGUCCCUCGAACCCCAAGCAGUGCAACCGGUACCAAUCCCUACGCCGCCAAGCGUCAAAAACUCGACCAUCAACGAAAAGGAUGCUGCCGUAUUGAAGCUUUUACUCAAGUCGAUCUGCUGCGCCUGCUUGGGAGAUCGAAGUGAUGAUCAAAAUGAGAUAGUCGAGUGCGAUGGCUGCGGUGUAACGGUGCACGAAGGUUGCUACGGGGUAAGCGAGUGCACCAGCAUCAGCAGUACAACCUCGUCCUGCUCGACCGAGCCGUGGUUUUGCGAUGCUUGCAAGGCUGGUGUGGAAAACCCGGACUGCGAGCUUUGUCCCAACCGCGGUGGCAUCUUCAAAGAGACAGAUGUCGGCAAAUGGGUGCACCUGGUGUGCGCGCUGUACGUGCCGGGGGUGGCGUUCGGCGAAGUGGACCAGCUGUCCUCCGUCACCCUGUUCGAGAUGCCGUACAACAAGUGGGGCGCCAAGACGUGCAGUCUCUGCGAGGAUACCAAGCUGGCACGCACCGGUGUCUGCAUCGGAUGCGAUGCUGGUAUGUGCAAAACGUACUUUCACGUCACCUGUGCACAGUACCACGGGCUCCUGUCCGAGGCACACUCGGAGGAGGCGGACCAAGCCGACCCGUUCUACGCACACUGCAAAAUCCACUCGGACAAAACGCUCAUAAAACACCGCAAGCGCAACUACAACGCCAUCAAGAUGAAGGCACUGCACCGCCAGAUAGAGGAGGAAGAAGCGUCGCGGAAGCAGCAGACGCAGUCGUCCGAGCAGGCACGCAUUGAGCGUAAGCUCGCAAAACAUCGCAAGCGCUACCUGUUCAACAAGGAGACGAAAAAUCCACCCUGGGUGCCGACGCAGAAGAUGCCCCGGUUGCUGAUAACCAGCGCCACCGCCUGCAAGAAGCUGCUGUUCAAAGCGGAACUGAUGGGGCUGGACAUGGCGGCGAUCGAAUUCCAGGAAGCACAGAUGGCCGCACUGACCGACGUGCGCAAAAAGUGGCACAUUACGCCGGCAUUCAGCGUGGAGUUCAUCGGCUACUAUCUCGACCGGGCCAUCCGGCUUGGUGAGAUGAAGAAAAAUCUCCAGGAGCAGAUACUGCUCAACAAGCGGUUGCUCGGACAGCAGCAGCAGCUCCGCAGCAAGUACGAUCGCAGUGUGCAGCUCAACCAGGAGGCGCUGAAGCGCAACGAUGCCUACCGCGAAAGCAUAGCGAAGCUGUACGCCCACAUUCAAGCGCUGGCCCCCAGCAAAACGCUCGUGCCGAUCGAGCAGAUCGGUAAGCCGCCACAGCCAGCGCCGCUAGCGCAUCCACCGAUUGCGGCCGUACCCUUCGGCAAGGUGACACCGCAUGCCAGUGUGCUCAUCAACACCCCGUCGGCACCGUCAACCGUGGCGCUCUGUCCAACGCCACCAGCACGCACGAUGACCGUACCGACGGCUGCCGCGCUCAAAAUGGGAGUCGGCUUCCCGCUUCAAAACCUGCUGGUACCCGGCGGCGGCAAGCGGGACGACACCGGGCGUAUUCUCAGCACCCAGUGCAAGCAGAACAGUGAGGAUCUGCUGAACGAGUGCGGCAUCUGCAAGCGCUGCCAGGAUCAGCAUUUGCUGGCCAAGUGCGAUACCUGCCACCUGUACUAUCACCUGGGCUGCCUAAAUCCCCCACUCACGCGCCAUCCCAAGAAGUCCAAGCUGUACGGCUGGCAGUGCUCGGAGUGUGACCGGUCGGAUGACUCGAACCCGGAAAGCAUCAUUAUCCCGAAGGCACCCCGGAAAUCGCGCACACGGUACUCCAAGGAUGGCACGAUCGUGCCGUAUGACCUAUCCUAUGCGGCGGAUCAGCAGCAGCAACAGCACGAGGGAGGCAGCAGCGUCAGGAAGGCGGGAAAAACAUCGAUGACCACUGGCGGGGGCACACCUGCUUCCACCGCAAGACCACCACCGGAUCCCGCUUCAACGAAGUCGCCCGUUCUGCAGGGAUCGAUUGCGACGGUGAAGCAGGAAGAGGAGCCUACCAGCCCCGCACCGGAAAAGGUUGAGUCCUCGACCAGUUUGUCGUCGACGGGAGAGGACGGCAGCGGAGCUUCGGAGUCCAUGCUGCAGGGAACUCCUCCGAAAGUACCGGGAAAGCGAGGACGUAAAAAGAAGAUAGUACCGGAGCUCUCGACUACGCUCAUCGUUCAACUCGAUGACGUAGCUACUCGUCGGCCGUCGCUUCUGGACCAGCUGAAUAAUCACGAUUCGAAGCUUCCCUAUCAAAAGCUAGAGCCAGCUGAAGCUGCCAAGAAUCCCGAAUCAGCACCGUACCAGAAGCAUGCAAAUGAUAAUACGUACUACGGCGAUGCGGCAGUGCAGCUGAAGCAGGAAAAUGUUGGCGCUUCCGAUUCGACCACGGACCGGGUGCCCGCACCGUCCGAGAAAGUUGAGUCGACGACCACGACCACGCCGACGCCGGGUGGGCUGCUCCUGCCGCCGGCUGGCAGCUCGUCACAGAUAAAUACCUCCGCCGGAGCGAUGAAAUUCUAUGGCCACAACGAGGGCGCUGACAUCGGACCUAACAAAUCGAACGUCACGGAAGCGGCCACAUCAACGCAUCACAAGCACAGCAAGCGCCGAAAGGAGAAGCACCGCAACCGAUCGCCGAACGCGGAGCGAAUCAUCUCGAAGGACCACAAGCGCAAGCGAAAGCGUAGAAACCACGACUACGAUCUGGCGAGUUUGGCCGACGGCGGGGACUACACAAUGCAGACGUUCGAUGGCGACAGCAGGCCGCGUAUUAAAAUCAAGAUUAAAUCAGUUCUGGACGGGUCUAAUACUCACACGACGCAGAUAUUCUACGUUCGGGACGAAACCGGGCCGGAAAGAGCAGCCGUACCACAGCUUAUCUCGGGAGCUGCAGACAGUUCGUCACACAUGCAGAUCGAUGCCGAUCCAACUCUUCUACUCGAAGUGGCCAACUUAGCGGAGAACAGCACAAACUCGCCGCAGGUGGAUUCAACACCGCAGAAGAGCAUAAGCUCGCAAGCACGGGGACGUGCCAAACGGCAUUCGAUCGCGUCCCGGACUGGUGGUGCUGCCGUCAGUAACAGCGCGACCGAGGAAUCCGUGUGCGAUGUUUGCCAGGAGCAGGGCACAGCGGCCAACAUAGUGCAGUGCGACGAAUGUCAUAAGAAUUAUCAUUUCGGCUGCCUAGAUCCGCCGCUAAAGAAAACUCCCAAGCGUCGUGGCUACUCGUGGCAUUGCGCUGACUGUGAUCCCACGGAUGUCGAAAACUAGCGAUUCUAUUUUAUAUUUCGUAUAUCUCGUAUCAACGACUGGAAAACUUAAACGCCUAUUGAUUCUAUUCUGGGCCGCACCCUCUCUUGCACACAGUAUGUUGCAAACCAAAGAAUUGUCUUUUGGACCGCCCCAAAACAGUACUCAAGUAUAAUCUAACGAACGAACCAACUCAGCAAUCUCGUAUUCGAGUCCCUCAACGUUUUGUGUUUGUUCAAACAUUGUGUUUUGUUGUCUGGAUGAGCGAUUCUUUGAUUUUAAGUAUAUUUUAAGUGGAACAGUCUCCAACACUUGGGCUAAUCAGUAACCAUAAGUCUAGUUUAAGCGAAUCUACCUAGCAGCUUGUUGGGUGAAAGUCAUACCACAACUUUACAGUAUAAAACAUUUAGUUUUUUGUUUUCUCAAGUAAUGUGUAAUAUGUUAGACGCCU